AUGGCAGAACCUAUAUCCUUGGCCGCUAGUGUCUUGUCCCUCAUUCAUCUCGGCUCGAAGGUUUACAAGCUUUGCGAUGAUUACUGCGAGGUAGUCAAGGAGAGCGAGCAAGAUUUCAAGAAACUGGGGGAUGAGAUUAGGGGUAUCGACCAACAGCUGAAGGAAAUCGGGAGCCUUGCGGAACAAGGCGAUGAGAACAAUCCGCGAUACCCGGAGCUACUUGAAUGGACGAGAGGCAAAAAUUUGAAAGAUUAUAGGGCAGCCCUCGAAGAGCUUGAAGCCAAAUUAAAUGUUCCGGGAUGGAGGAAAUCAUCACGGAAGCUAUUUUGGCCUUUUCGCAAACCGAAAAUGGAACACUACCUAGGCUUGGUUCAAGAGGAGAGAACAGAACUGCAGCUAUUGCUAACCACCGCCACAAC